UCCUCCCGAAGCAGUUCCGGUUCGGAUUCCAGCGGCUGCCGGGGCGGCAGAGACGAGCCGAAGUGAUGCCUGCGCGCAGCCGCCACCGCCCCCGCCUCCACUCGGGCUCGCCUCCCCGGGCUCCGCCUCCGCCGCCCGAGGUGCUUCACUCCGGCGAGGCCCGGAGGGCCCGGGACUCCGACGGCGGUUCGGACGCCGACUCGGAGGUGGGUCAGGGGAGCCCGACUCGCACCUCGGAGAUUAAAAUCAUUGAGGGCAGGAUCUAUUUCAGAUUCAUCCAGCCUCCUAGGUACUUCAGAGAUUUGAAAGAGUCUGCCUGGGACAAGGUUCUUAUCAAGGCAGUGGAGGAGGAAAUGGCUGUUCCUAAUCACCUCUGCAUUCGUCGCUGGACUACCAAGCACGUAGCUGUUUGGCUGAAGGAUGAAGGCUUUUUUGAAUAUGUGGACAUUUUAUGUAAUAAGCAUCGACUUGAUGGAAUCACAUUAUUAACAUUGACUGAAUAUGAUCUCCGGUCUCCUCCUCUGGAAAUCAAAAUCUUAGGGGACAUUAAAAGGUUAAUGCUUUCAGUCCGAAAAUUGCAGAAAAUACAUAUUGAUGUUUUAGAAGAGAUGGGAUACAACAGUGACAGUCCCAUGGGUUCCAUGACACCUUUCAUCAGUGCUCUUCAGAGCACAGAGUGGCUCUGUAAUGGGGAGCCUUCACAUGACUGUGAUGGACCCAUCACUGAUUUGAAUUCUGAUCAGUACCAGUACAUGAAUGGUAAAAACAAACAUUCUAUUCGAAGAUUGGACCCAGAGUACUGGAAGACCAUAUUGAGUUGUAUAUAUGUUUUUAUAGUAUUUGGGUUUACAUCUUUCAUUAUGGUUAUAGUCCACGAGCGAGUGCCUGAUAUGCAGACCUACCCACCACUCCCAGAUAUCUUCUUAGACAGUGUUCCUAGAAUCCCAUGGGCCUUUGCCAUGACAGAAGUAUGUGGCAUGAUUUUGUGCUAUAUUUGGCUCCUGGUUCUUCUUCUUCACAAACACAGGUCAAUACUUCUCCGAAGGCUCUGUAGUCUGAUGGGCACUGUAUUCUUGCUUCGUUGCUUUACCAUGUUUGUGACCUCCCUCUCCGUGCCAGGACAGCACCUGCAGUGUACUGGAAAGAUAUAUGGCAGUGUAUGGGAGAAACUGCACCGGGCCUUUGCCAUUUGGAGUGGCUUUGGUAUGACCCUAACUGGUGUUCACACUUGUGGAGAUUACAUGUUCAGUGGCCACACAGUCGUCCUAACUAUGCUGAAUUUCUUUGUCACUGAAUAUACACCAAGAAGCUGGAAUUUCUUGCACACUUUAUCCUGGGUUCUCAACCUCUUUGGAAUCUUCUUCAUUUUGGCUGCUCAUGAGCAUUAUUCCAUUGAUGUGUUUAUUGCCUUUUAUAUCACAACAAGACUCUUUUUGUACUACCAUACGCUAGCCAAUACUAGAGCAUAUCAGCAGAGUAGGAGAGCAAGAAUUUGGUUCCCCAUGUUUUCUUUUUUUGAAUGCAAUGUGAAUGGUACAGUACCUAAUGAAUAUUGUUGGCCAUUUUCAAAACCAGCAAUAAUGAAAAGAUUAAUUGGAUAAAGUCUAUCGUUGUAAUGGGUUCCUGAUUAAAUAUACAGUAGUUGUUGAAAGUGAAUAACUUUGUUUCUCCCCCUAAGCUGUUCCUGGAUGCCUUGCUUUUUGGCUUAUAUGUUGACAAAGUGAAUUUCCAUGUUCUGAGCAAGGCUGUGAUUAUAGAAAUCAAGAAAGAGCAAUCAAGAGUCCUUACAUAUCCAUUUGAAUAGGAAGCUUAAGUAGAUGUUUUUUACCCUUCUCUUUUGGCAGACUUAAUGUUGUAAUUGAAGUCAGGCUGUCACCCUCACCUGUUGAGUACUUGCUUAUUGAACUUAAGCAGUUUGCUGAUUGAAAGUGUUUUUGUUUUGUUUUGUUUUUUUUAACUUCAUUAGGACUCUAGUCAAGAAAUAAUUUUUUUAAGGUCCUUAUUAUCUUCAAAGGAAAAACCCCUACCAGAUGAGCAGUACUUGUUCUUUGAACUAAUCUCUGUCGUUUUAAAAAAUGCAACUCUAGAAAGUGAUCUGUGUUACUAACAAAUAAUUUUUGCCUUCUGAACCAUCUUUAAGAAAAGUAUACUGAACAUCCCAGGAUGAAAGGGGCCAUACAUGAGGUGACAAGGUACAAAUAUAGUACUGGCAUUUUUUACCAAAGAUGCGACAAAAGAUGCGGUUCCUGUUUUGUUCUAAGGAUUCAGUAUGACUGUCAGUAAGUGUUUAUGAGGGAAAAAUGGCUGCAUCCAUAAAAAUAAAAUUGGCUUAAUUUUAGUGAGGUAGGUAUCUGGAACAAUGUUGUGCUAUAGUUGUUAGUUAAACAUAUGACAGCCCAAUUUUAUGCCUUUAAAUGAUGUUACUUAAUGAGCAAAAUAGUGGAGUGUUUUACCAAAUGUUAAAUAAAGUUCUUAUGUCCGUAAGUAGGGAGGUAUGCAUGCAAAGAAUAUUUUUUCUAUUUUUGAAAAGAAAUUUAUAAUGGUUGCAGGCAUAAUACAACUUUUUGGAUUUUGAAAUUUGUCAUUCUUGGCCAUCAGAAGUAAACAGUCUCAGACAUAUUUGGAUAUGAAAAAAAGGUUUUGUUGUUUCUCAUUUUUAAAUACAAUUGUGUACAUACAUUCUUUCUAUUUAGUCUUAAUUUGGCAGUCAGGAAGUGAUAUAACUUAGCUGCUGUUUACAACACUAGAAGUUUAGUACCUUAAGUAUUUGACCUUUGUAAUAACAUUUGUCACUUUACUUUUAAUGAUUUUGGUUAAUAGUUAUGAUGGUAGAAUAGUUAUGGGAUUGGAUUUUGAGCCCCAACUAAUUGAGCUUAGCUACUUGGAAUAUUAAUUGUGUAGUUUUUACAUUCCGUUUUAAAACAAGGAGUUAGAAAAAGUGCUGGCAUAUUGAGGUCUAAAAUUAGGCCACUUAGCAGAAACCUGCUCCGAAUGUGGGCAAAAUAUUUAUUUUUGCACUUUGAGUCAUAUUCCUACCCCUGUAUGAGCUAUAGAAAAGCUUGAAUGGAUUGGGCAGGAGAAGAAUAUAAUGCAAACAAAUCUCAGCCAGUGCUAAAUGACCCCAAUUUGAGUCUACUCUGAAUAUUGUCUUUUAUUUCUCACCUGUGAAAUGGCACAAGGCAAUUCAAGUUUUAUUAUGCUUUUAAAUCUCAUACUUCAGAAUCUUAUAAUAUCCUAAAUUGUUGAUUCUAAUACAUGCUAGAACAAAAAUGUCAACAUUUCAUCUAAGGAAACUGCAUAAUCAUGAAGGGUAAGGGGUGUUUCCUAUACCUCUACCACUUAGAGUACUUUGACCCUUGAGGUCAAAGCCCUGUAACUGCCAUUCUUUCCAAGUGACACAGCAAAUCUGUGGCAACAUUAAUUCAAGAAUGUUAGAUAGCUGCUUAAUGGUAAACUUCCUAGCAUCAGUCUUCUUUCCUUCAUAUGGAUUAAAUUCCAGAACAAAAUAGAAAAAAAAAAAUGGAAGUAACUUUGCAGAACUGUUGACAUUGAGUCCUAAUAGUAGACUGCAGUGAGGAUUGUAAAAUAAGUUUUCAGCCUUGCAUUUAUCAUAUCUGAUUUGAGAAAAAGGUAAGCUAGAUUUAUAAUUUAUUGUUAUAACUAAUACAAGGCAGUGUUUACAUAAAUUCAUCAUCUCCAAGUCUCUUUCUUGGAAAACUUUAACACAAAAUUCUUUUCCUUUUCUUUUUUUAAUAUGAAACCUAUGUUUUAGUUGUUUUUUUGUUUUGUCCAGAAAUUUCCAGAUUUUGUCUUUGUAUUUUUUUAUCUUGUUAAAGUGUGAACCAUUGGAAGGGUGGUAUUUAUAUUCCCAUUUUGGUUGUGAAUGUGCCUAGGUGGAGAAGUUACGUACAUAUUUUUUGAUCCUGUCUACAGUUGCAGAUUUAUGAGAGGCUUAUAUUCUUAAAUACUGAGAUCUUAGUAUAGAAGGAACCAAGAAGGUUUUUGGUUGGGGUUACAAACUGGAAGUUAUAUUGAAAGUCCUCAGUGCAUUUCUCUAUAUUCCUGGGGGUAGUGUAGCCUUUCUUUUUCUCUUUUCUUUUCUUUCUUUUCUUCUCUUUUCUCUUCUCUUUUCUCUUCUCUUUUCUCUUCUCUUUUCUCUUCUCUUUUCUCUUCUCCUCUCCUCUCCUCUCCUCUCCUCUCCUCUCCUCUCCUCUCUUCUCUUCUCUUCUCUUCUCUUCUCUUCUCUUCUCUUCUCUUCUCUUCUCUUCUCUCCUUUUUAUUAAGUCUAUGCCCAGCAUUAUUACUGAAGGAUAAUUGAAGUUCAUAGGGAGUGGGAGGUUUUGUAGAAGGCAAGUGUGCUGUUACCACUGAAUAAUUUGGGAGAAACCUUUCUUGGCUAUGAUCCAGAAUUCUCAAUGGCUACCCUCUCCAUAGUUCUCAGUGGCCAGAAUUGCUAGAGUAAAAAUACAACUUCCACAUGCUGGGUCUGUUUACUAGUCUUUUUUUUUUUUUUUUUUCAAUUGGAAAGUAAUGAGAGUAGCCUUAGAACCAGUCAGCUAAAGAAAUGUGGACUGUUCACGAGAAAAAACCCAUUGACUGAAGACCUGCUGGUUGUGUAACUCUGACACUGCAAGUAGUGUUCUUUCUGACCCUGUACCUGCCGGAGUGUUGUUACUUAGAAUUCCAAAAAUCUUAUAAUUUGUAAACAGAGAACAGAGAAGCCAAAUCCUUUUAUAGCUGAUAUGAAACAGUCUGUUUUAGUGUCAUCUGUUUGGAAAGUGUUAUUUAUGUAUUCAAAGUCAUGUAACACUAACCUGCUUUGAUUGUAUUCAGCAAAAGGCAAUUUCAUCAUGUUUUAUAGUAAACAUUUUUUAAAGAUUCUUGUUCCAAAAUGCUUGAGAACGUUAACCAUAUUCUUGUUUUAAACUCCGUGAUAUAAUAAAUGCAAUUCUUCGAUAAUCUUUUUGUAGACUUAAGUUAUCCCUUACUAAGAGUAGUGACAGUAAUAGUCCUGUGUCAGUUCUUUAAGGUAUACAGGCAUUUGAGACAAGAAAGUUCUGUUUUAGAAUAGUCCAAUAGCCUUCUUAAACAGUAUUGGUUUCUCUUAGAUAGUUUCAAAGCCAACAAAGCAUGUCAGUUUUAAUGCCAUCUUCACUGGGCAGUUAAGAUGGUUUGCAUUUGUAGAAAGUGUAGGUUGAAUUACCCCUGUACCUCUAUAGAGACUUGUUAGUAACAUCAAAAGUCAGACUGCUUCAGGUGACCAAUGAGAAUGGAAAGAGGUUGAGGGUUUUUCCCUCUUGUUGUUUGAGUGGCUCUAAAUGACUGAAAUUACUAUGAAAGUAAGUUUUAGUCUCCCCUCUCACUUACCCCUUACACCCAGUGAAUGCCACCAAUUUCAAGUAACUAAAAUGGCCUAUUACUUUACAUCAAGUUCAAUAAAAAUAUCUAUGAAAUCUGUAAACCAUAAUUCAGCUACCAGUAAAGUUGAUUUUAGAAUAUGUUCUACCCUAAAUUAGCCAAAGAACUUUUUAUUCAGUGCAUUCCAUGUUUAAGCAUAAGGAAGGUUUGUGCCUGAUAGGAAGGGAGAGGGAAUACUAUGAUAAUUUCAUUGUUAUUUCAGGGCUGUUUCAAUAUGAACCGCUGGGUUGUCUGAAUGGUAGCCAAGCCAUGUUAUUAAUGUCAUCUUAAGAAUGCUUAAUUUUAAUACUUUUUUAUUCAGAGAAUCUAUGGAUUGUUAGGACAAUUGAAGUAUUUCUGAUAUGGAACAAAGGAAGUGGAAACUGGUACUUAGUGGGGGAAGCAAAAUUAGCUUGGACUAAAGUGGGCAUGUUUUGUUUUAAGAACUCUACCUAAAUGUAACUCUGUCCACAGAGAAACUAGUAUUACUUGAAGAUGUGAAUGUUCCUGUGGUAGCCAUACCUUGAAGCACAGUGUUGUAUAUAAGUAAAUAUCUUGAUUCUAAACUAAAUCCAGAUUUAACUAAUAUAUUAUUUUAUAUCUUUGUUGUAUUAAAAUGUUUAAAAACACUAAAAAUAAAACAUUUGAAAGUUGAA